AAACCAUCAUGUUGUAGAACCAAGCUCGCAAGAUGUUUACGUAAAGCUCUAAAAGGCUUUACUCUUUCAUUUUUGUAUCCCUAUACUACCUUUAUGAUGUUUGGUUUUUUUAGUAAAAGGAUUAUUACCUAUCCAAAAAAAAAAAUUCUCCCAGAGAUUUUGUUAGACUAGCUUUGUUGUUAUAAGUUGUAAUGGGUAACCUAGGUUAAGUAAAAACUUGCAUAAAGAAAUAACAAUAUAUAAAUAUGAAGGCAAACUUUUUUUUUAAAGCUGUUGUACUAUUUACUUAUGUAUUGAAUAUAAAGGUAAACAUAGAUAUGUGUUAGAUGAUUUUAAAUAAAUGAUAACGAUUGACGUAAACAAGAGAAAAAAAAAAGUAAAAAACAAAUUAUAUUUUUCUAAUAACAAGAAUGGAGGAUCAAUUAAAAAAAAUAGUUUGAAUUUUUGUUAUGCAAGCAUUCUUACUAUUUUAUUUCAAACUUUUAGAAGCAUUCUGUUUAUUCUGUAAAAAAUCACGUUUAUUUUUAAUGAAAUCAAGUAAAGUAAUUCCUAUUUACACGAUACUUUUAUGCUUUCCCAAAAAUAAAAACCACUUUAAUUUUUAAUGAAAAUCAAUAAAAAGAAUUCCAAUCAAUACAGUAGUUUUUACGCCUUUCACUGUGCACAUUAAAAAAAAUAAAAAUAGCCAGUACCCAACAAAAAUAAAUAGCCACGGGCCAAACCAAAGCCCAAGGCCCUUAAACUUUAAAGAACAUUCACGAUCAAACUCCAACCAGCUGUGCUGAGUCACGCCCAAAUCCCUCUUUUUAUUUAUUUAUUUUUUUUUUUACUUUUUUACAUUCAAUUCUAAUUCAUUCAGAGCCAUAUAAAACCCACAAAUUCUCUCUUACUCUCACGCACUCUCUCUUUCUCUCUGUUUUUUUUUUAAUUUCUCUCUCUAAACAAAUUUGAUGUUGUCCGUGACUGUCACUGUUACUUUGCAUGUGAUAGAAAGAAGAAGAUGGAGCAGCAGCAGCAACUUCAACAUUUUAUCCAUCCUGAGCAUCCCUUGCUCUUCAAUCCAAACGACAGAAGAGGAUAUACUUGUUUGGGGUGCCGAGAAUCAGUUUAUGGUCCUGCCUACAGAUGUCCAGAAGCUUACUGCCCAUGGUACAUGCAUCAUAAAUCAUGUGCGGAAUUGCCGCUUGGGUUGCACCAUCCCUUGCACCCAAUCCAUCCUCUUAUUCUCUCUCCCGAACAGAUAGAUUAUGGCAAAGACAUUCAAUUUAGCAAUUGCAAACUCUGCAACGAAUCUCGCAACCAAUACACUUAUCGGUGUUCCCGCUGCGACUUCAACCUUCACAUCACUUGCGCUUCUUUAGCCCCCACCACCAUGGAACUUGAAUUCCACGACCACCCAUUGACCCGCAUUUGGAAGUGGAUCACCUUCACUUGCGACCUUUGUGGCAAAGAAGACAAAGGUAUGCCCUUUCUGUGUACUACAUGUUUUUUCUGGGUUCAUAGAAGAUGUGCUUAUAAGUUAUUUCCACGCAAAGUCAAAGUUGUGCGUCACAGGCACCUCCUCCACCUCACCCAUUCUUCUCUUGAAUUCCAUCCAUCCGACUCUCGAUUUUGUCAAAUCUGUGUUGAAAAGGUGGAUACACACUAUGGGCUUUACUAUUGCUCCAGAUGUGAUUUUGCUGCCCACCUUGAUUGUGCUAUGGGAAACAAGGAGGACAUAAAUUUGCAAGAAUUUAAAGAUGAGGAUGAAGUUUCAGAGCACGAUGAAUUGGUUGACUUAGCAGCUUACGAAGUCAAAAAAUUCAAUGUGGGGAAGGACGGAAUUCAAAUAGCUGCAGAAUUAAAACACUUCAGUCAUGAGCAUGACUUAGAGCUUACUGAUGAGGUUAUGAGUAACCAGAAAUGCGAUGGCUGUUUCAGGGAUGAUGAACACACUGGAACUAAAAGGCAUACUACUGGUAUCUCUUAUCAAGUGUGUAUGACUACUUUUCCCUCUAUUUUCUAUUUCUAUGCAAUUCUGAUUGCAUUCAUUUUUCUUGAGCUCCUAUUAGUUGUCUAUGUUUUCUUCUUCUCCAUUAGGGGGUGCCCAUUAUUUUGAAGAGGGAAAUGAGCAAUUUGACUCAUAACAUGAAUGCAAAGAUUCAACAACAUUUCAAGUUAUUAUAGAUUUACAUGUUUAUCAACAUUUUUUAUAUCAUUAGUUUUAGUCAUUGAUAUUAUUACUAUUAUUGUUAUGUUGAAGAAAGCUCAAUUAUGCAUGAUUUAAUUAUCAUUGAUGGUGAGGUUCUUUUCUUUUGUGUUUUCUCAACUUAAACUUUAUACGUCGUCCUAGUGAGAAUUUGGCCUAGUAUUUUAAUAUGAAGGCACAACAUGGACUUUGUAAAUGUUGAUGUCAAGAAUAUGGUGAUUUGGGGAGCAGCAAUUGUUAAUAGCAUGGCUGAUUGAGUUAUAUAGUCUAAUUGAAUGUACUCCAAGAUAUUCUUUAAAAUCUUUUUGGGCAAAGAAACUAAAAAUCUUGUCUGAUAAGUUCAGGGCUCAGUUUAGAAAAUGUUAGUCAGACCUUUCCUGAUUUGAAGGAUGUCAUUGUUACAUAGUAAUAAUACUUUUAAAAUUUUGAGGGAAAAAAAAUUUUCUGCGACUUACCUGUGUACUUGUGUUCAAAAAGUCAUGCUUUUGGUUUUUUCCCCCUACUUAAUUUUUAAGCAUUCUAGUACUGUCCCAUUAUGUUAUUAUUAUUAAUAUUUUAAUAAUGCUAUGUGAUGCGCCUGUUCUGAUCUAAUCACUCAGUCCUCUUUUUCAUUGCCAAAUUCUUAUGUUAUUUGGUUUUAGUCUCCUAAUGACUAGAUGGUGAGGUGCUUUUCUUAUCUUUUCUCAACAUAAAUUUUACAUGUCAUCUCUGUAAGAAUUUUGGUCUAUUAUCUUAACUGAAGCUACACCAAUUACUUUGUAAAUGUUGAUGUUAAGAACAUGGUGAUUUGGGAUAAGUAAUUGUUAAUAACUUGGCUGGUUGAGUUAUCUAGUAUAAUUGAAUGUACUCUUUGCUAAUCUUUUAGAACCUUGUUGGGCAUAGAGACUACUUCAAAUCCUAUUUGAUAUGUUCAAGGCUUAGUUUACAGAAUGUUAGUCGGACCUUUCUUGCUUUGAAGAAUGUCAAUUACAUAGGACACAUAAAAUUUAGGGCCUCUAAUUAUUAUGCUUCUGAAGUUUUUGUUCUAUAACAUCCAUUAUUUAUGCCCUUGUUGAUAAUACUUGUAGAAAUUUUUGUUCAAUUAUAGAGGUUGGCAAAUGUCAUGUCUAUAGUAUACACUCAUGGUUAUGUUAUAGCUGUUGGAGUACUUUAAUUUGGGGCAGAAAAAGAAAUUGGAGGCUGUAUUUUUCAAUCAGCCAGGGCUAACAGUGAUUUAAUUGACAGUGUUUUGGCCACCUAGGUGGGGGAACAACAUCUUUUAUGUCAUUAGUUUUAUUAUAGAUUUACAUGUUUAUCAACAUCUUUUAUGUCAUUAGUUUUAGUCACUGAUAUUAUUACUAUUACUGUUAUUUCUAUGAAAGCUCAAUUAUGCAUGAUUUAAUUAUCAUUGAUGGUGAGGUUCUUUUCUUUUGUGUUUUCUCAACAUAAAUUUUAUACAUCGUCUUGGUAAGAAUAUUGGCUUGGUAUUUUAAUAUGAAGGCACAACAUGUACUUUGUAAAUGUUGAUGUUAAGAACAUGGUGAUUUGGGAGCAACAAUUGUUAAUAACAUGGCUGGUUGAGUUAUAUAGUUUAAUUAAAUGUCCUCCAAGUCCAAGGUAAUCUUUGAAACCUUUUUGGGAAAAGAGACUAAAAAUUUUUUUCUAAUAAGUUUAGGGCUUAGUUUAGAAAAUGUUGGUCAGGCCUUUCCUGGUUUGAAGGAUCUCAUUGUUACAUAAUACUUCUAGAAUUUCAAGGAAAAAUCAUUUUCUGUGACUUACCUAUGUACUUGUGUUCAAAAGUCACGCUUUUGGUUCUUUUCCCUUAAUUUUUAGGCAUUCUAGUACUGUCCCAUUGUGUUAUAAUUAUUAUAAUUUUAGUAAUGCUGUGAUAUGCCUGUUCUGAUCAUCUAAGUCAGUCCUGUUUUUCAUUGGCUAAUUAUUAUGUUAUUUGGUUUUAGUCUCCUGAUUACUGUGCAAUUAACAUAACCAUUAUUUGCAACCAUGAGACUGAAUACUUUGCAUCUCUUGAGCUUCUUUGUAUUCCUCUUUUUUUUGUUAAAUGAUUUAAGGUACUAUUUGCCCUCCUCAAAUUUAAAGUUAGGUUAGGUUCUUGUGCUUCUGCUUUCCACACAAAUGAGUUCCAAGCCUCUUCAAAGUUUAUAGAUUUUGUUAUUGGUUUUGGAAUCCCACAUAGUUAAAAAAAUAAACAAGGAGAUGCAAUAAUUCCUAUCAAGAGUGUUAGUACCACAUUGGUCAAAAAAGAAACAGGGAGAUGAUAUAGUCCCUAUACAUUGAGUGGUGGUGUAGUUUUUGUUUUGUGCUUGUAGGAGUUUGACAUCAAAGAUUUGACUUGUCUUUAGUGUGAGAGAUUUGUGAGAGGUUUGGUUGUCAUCCUCUUUUAAGUAAUUUUGCAUUAGCAAUUGCUAUAUUCUAUGGAUAAAAUUUUGAUACAAUACCUUAGGUGCAUUACAUUAGGUUCUCUAUAUGUUAUUUGCAGUAUCCUUUUUUAAUUUUAAUUUUUAAUUACUUCUACAAUACUUGUCACUACUGAUUAGUGAUUAUACCUACUGAUUGUUUUGGGGCUAAAAAUAUGUGCUGAUAUUAUCAAACUACAGCCAAUCACAAAUUAUUGAAAGGUAAACCCGUUGCUAUGUUUCUUGAAUUUUAGCAGUAAUGUGCUAAGCUGUGCUUAUUUUUUUUCAUUUUAAUUUAUUCUUCCUUUUUCCUUUGCCCAAGCUAUAUCCAUUCAGUUGUUGAGUAGGGAUGAUUAAUUGUUAUUUGGUACAAGUACUCAAGCAUUCUAACAAAACUGUCAACUUUUUGAACAGUUAUUAAUAAUAUAUUGUUCUUUACUUUUGAUAAUGUGUCUGGGUAUACUGUAUCCAGUAUUAACUGAAUUUUACUAGCCCAGCUCUCACGCAAAUAAAUAUAUCAUAAUAAUUGAGUAAAAUGACUUUCUAUGAAUCAUACUUGGGAACUUAAUGAUGUAAUCUAUAUGUACUUUAUUAUUUAUUUGUUGUUUAUUUCAUUGUACAUUUUUUCUUUUAUUCUUACUAUUGAGGUUCAUUUUGUAGUGACUGUUUAGAUCCAUUCAAAAAACUAGAGUGUGAAGCAUUUGAUAUCGUUGUUAAUAAGGUUCUCUGUGUUGGCAAAGGUGUCCAUAUUCAUGUGUAAAAAGGGCCCCUCAUGCCUUCUCAUUUGCUUCUACUGGAAGUGCUUGUGUGUCUUCUCAAGGUUGGUUAAUUCUCUUAUUUUUCCAUUCCUUGUGAGCUUGUAUGUUGUUAGAGUAUUCGUUCUAGGCCCACUUCCCCAACACCUUAUGCUAUAUGUAAUCAAUUGUACUAUUAUACUACCAGCUGUACUGCACUUAUGUACCUCUAUACUUUCCUAACAAGGUUGAGAGCUUAUAUAAAGGUUGCUCUUGCGAAUGGUGCCAAGGCAGCUCAUGGUUGAACUAUAUCGUCUCAAACAAGAGCUAGGGCAAUCUAUUGAUGAUUUUUUUUUUUUUCCCACACAUGCAAUAUUUGUGGGAUCAAAUUUCACUAUAUGAACCAACAUGGAUUAUGUAUGCAAUGCCCAAAAUUUUGUGAAUAUCGGGAUCAACUGAAAAAGUUCUCCUUUGCCUAAGAUUGAAAAAGUUUUCAAGGAGCUUGUAUAAGAGGUAACAUUUACAAGUCUUACUAUCUCGGCCUUGUAACACAAUCUUGGCCACAUCAUCCCUUGAUCCGCCUUCAACAUCUGCAAUUCAUCAGAAUGAGCACUAUGAUCACUUUGGCUCUCAGCGAUCUAACUCUAAAUAUGAUCAUUCUCACUUCUGCACCUUUUGUAGGAUACUUUCGAAAGCAUGCCCGUGUCACUCAAUCAUCAGCUUCCAUGGCCAACAUCAACAGCAUAUUGUUGCAUCCUCCAACCCCAUCACCCAACACAAGUAGUUUUGGCAAGUCUUUCAACUCAUGUUUACAUUAACAGCAGUUGACCUAAAGACUCUUAUCAAUAACAUUUUGUCCCGUAAGGUGCAUUCUCUUCCAUUCUUUAUGUUGCACGAGGUAAACACUCAUUUUGAUAUCUCUCAUUUUGAUAUCUUGACCUUGCUUGCUACACUCAUAUUACACCUGAUUCUACCUCUUGUACCAUACAAACCCAUACUUUUCGUAUACCUAUCAAUCACAUUGCCAGUGGCUCUACCAUGACCAUUAUAGGCAUUGCUACUACUACUCAAUUAUCUAUUUCAAAUGUUUAUCUUAUGCCUAAAUUUUCGUUAAAUUUCUUAUAUAUUUGGCCGAUCGUGUGAGCUAGGGCUUCGCAUAGGAUUUUCUUCUAUUGUUGUACAUAGUCCUUAGAUAGCAUAGACCAUUGGGACAAAACGUAAAGUUGGAUGGCUUUUCUUCUUACAUCUUUACAUGUAAUUGUCUUUGUUACAUACACUCACAUAGCAUCACCUCUUUGGAGUUGUGGUAUUCACGGCUAGGUCAUGCUUCUCUAUCUUGGGUCCAAACUUUAGUGUCUAAGGGUAUUUUAGAUUAGGUCUCUUUUUGAUCCUUUGAUUGUAUCUCAUCCUAUCUUGGAAAACCAUAGGCUUUGCCUUUAAUAAAAGUGAGUUUUCCAUUUCUGCGACAUUCAAGCUCAUUCACUCACUCUAAUGUAUGCAAAUAAUCUCCUAUUCCUGCUAUUGGGGGAAUUUGUCAAUUUUCUUGAUGAUUUUCAAGUUGCACAUGGAUAUUUUUUUAUUAAAAUUUUUCUGAGAUACUUAAUAUUUAUCUUGAGUUUACUAAAAUGAUUGAAGGUUCUCAAAAUCCAUCAAAAUCUAGUGAUUUGAAAAUGUCCUAUAGGACAAACAUCAUGACUUCCUUAGUAUUUUCAAAUUAUAUAGAAUCAUUUCUUAUACAUCUUAUUGAAGAAUUUCAUAGAAAAAUGGUCAAGUAAAAUGUAAACUUUGAUAUAUUUUGUUGUUUAGACUCUCAUUCUUUUUGCAUAUGUUAUUGCAUCUUUCUUAGGCAAAACUGCACCUUUUGUUAUCCAUAGAGGACAAUAAUUUUUUGGCUUUAAUAAUAUAGCCACUUUACAAGAUGGUGUUAAGGAUAUUUUAGAAAAACAGAAUAGACUAAUUUGAAAAAAAAGACACAAGUUGCCAAUUUGGCUUUUUAUUCAUUAAAAAAAAAAAAGGGUUUCCAGUUUGGUAGUUCCAAUAGUAUUAUAACAACUAUUAACAUGAAUUUGAUCCAAUAAUAUUAAUUAAAUUUCAGUUUUAAAACAUCUAUGCAUAUGAUUAGUUCAUGGUGAAGACUACCAAAUUCAGUAGGGUAGUGCCCAAAAAGUUGUAUCCAUUAUGUUACACCUUCACAGAGAAUUAUCUUAGAGGAGCUACUAGACAGGUAGAUGGUCAUAUCUCUUACCUUCCUGGAAAUCACUGUUGACUGUUGUAGGUGCAAAAUUGAUACAAAUGAACUGUAUAGAAUCACUUCACUGUAGCCACACUUGUGAAAGAAAUGGAGCUAGCAUGUUCUUGACUAAGCUUGAUUAGUAUAUAACCUGCAUUCUCAUGCUCCAUAUCUAUUACAGCCAAAAGACCAGGAUAAACAUGCACUGGUUUGUGUUGUGAAUAACCUUGAUGUGAUCACAUAUCACUGAUACAUCUACUAUCUUACAAUUUUGGGAUAUAUCUUAUAGCUUCUAACUAUGAUUCUAUUUCUCGUUUAUUUGAUAUCUUAGUAUCUUAAGCACGCCCCAAGGCAGAAUUGCUUUAUUCUCUUAUAGUUAGAGCCAAGCUUGAGAACAAUUGGUACCAAAAGCUGAAGAAGCAACCCAAAACUUCAACCCAACAUGUUGAUUGGUUUUAACAUUUGGAUGGUGAUGCUUGUAUGCUGCUUCAAACUCAUGUGGCCAAUCUCACCAUAAUUAUUGGAGAAAAUGGAAGCUGAUACUGCUUAAAGAUGCCUCCAAUCAUCUAUGUGAAUACUGAAUGUUGGUGAUGUCAAUUUAACUCA